AUGUCCACCCAACAAGAAGAACAAUCCGCCAGCCUGCAAGGCGAAGGCAAUGCAAACGCCGGUCUGAAUGCAUCCGGCAGUGCAUCCGCUCAGUCGAAGCAGACGAAGAAGACGCCCAAGAAGCUAGGCCAAAAGAGUCAGCAGCAACAGCCUACCCCUGAUCACACUGAUGAGGCUGAUGCUGAUGCCGGCGCAGACGCAGACGCAGAGGCAGAUGCGGACGCAGGAGCCAACCAACAAGUAUCAGCAGAAGCCGACGGCGAAGACGAUGCAGAGCCUGAGGAGCAACCACAGUCACGUCAACCAUCGCGCAGACGUCAAAGUCGCGGCCGCGGACGCAAAGGUGGACAACAGGAAAGCGACACCGAAUCAAUCGCUCGCAGUGAUAAGUCUGGAGGCGGCCCCUUGGACGACAUCAGCGAGCAACUUCCCGGCGGCGAGCUUGUCGGCCAGGCUGGUGACAUGGUUCAAGGAACAGCUGGCAACGCAGUCAACCAGGUCGGUAACACGGCGGGUAAGGCUUUAGGCGGUCUCACAGGAGGCGGCAAGGAAGGUGGCGAAGAGAAGGACGAUGGCAGUGGAGAGCAGCUUCGUUUGCGACUGGAAUUGAACCUGGACAUUGAAAUUCAAUUGAAGGCGAAGAUCCACGGUGACCUGACUUUGGGUCUGCUCAACUAA